AUGUCCGCCGCAUCCAUCCUCGAGGCCGCCGCCACUGCGAGCCUGCCGCCGCUGCCUCCAGCGAAGGAGAUCCCAAGCUCGUUCACGGCCAGCUUCCGCAGCUGGUGGAAUGUCGGCGAGAAAGAGGCCCAGCUCGCGGAAGAACGUCUCCUACGCCGCCUCCCGUACUUCCGCCCCUCGGCCUCCCCGCCCUCCACGCCCUCCGCCGGACCCGUCACCGCAACCUCGCGCCGCGUCCCGCUCUUAACACCGAAACACUACCUCAACACCCUCUCCAUCACCUCCACCUCUCCCUCCCCCACCGCGCCCGCGCCCGCCGUCCUCCUCCACGGCUACGGCGCCGGCCUCGGCUUCUUCUUCCAAAACCUGCCCCCUCUCGCCGCCUGGGCCGCGCGCCGCCACACCUCCGUCUACGCGCUCGACUGGCUCGGCAUGGGCCGCUCCGCGCGCGUGCCCUUCACCGUCAAAGCGCGCCGCGCCGACACGGACGCGCGCGUCGCCGAGGCCGAGGCCUUCUUCAUCGACGCGCUCGAGCAGUGGCGCGUCCGCAUGGGCCUCGAGCGCAUGCAGCUCGUCGGCCACUCCCUCGGCGGCUACCUCUCCGUCGCCUACGCGCUCAAGUACCCGUCCCGCGUCGAGCGCCUCGUCCUCCUCUCCCCCGCCGGCGUCCCCCGCGACCCGGACAGCACCGAGGAGCCCUCGCGCGAGCUCACCGAGUCGCAAACCGCCGACCAGGAGCUCCCCGACGCCGGCUCCGGCGCCCCUUCCGGCUCUGGCCUCGCCGCGCGCUUCGGGGCCAAGCGCGCCGCGGGCACGGCCGAACCCGCCUCCCCUCCCCGCGUCGAGAAGAUCAAAGCCGAGCAGCGCGCCGAGAAGCAGAAGGAGACGAAGAUGCGCAAAGUCUUCACCUACCUGUGGGAGGAGGGCUUCUCUCCCUUCCAGCUCGUCCGCUCCUCGCUCUUCUGGGGCCCGCUCCUCGUCGGCAAAUACUCCUCCCGCCGCUUCUCCGGCCUCACCGAGGAGGAGACGCGCGACAUGCACGAGUACAUCCUCAACAUCACCCUCGCCAAGGGUUCGGGCGAGUACUGCAUCAGCCACAUCCUCGCGCCGGGCGCGCACGCCAGGCGACCGCUCGUGGACCGCGUCGCGGCGCUCAAGAUUCCGGUCACGUUCGUGUACGGAGACCACGAUUGGAUGGACCCAGAGGGUGGCAGCCAGUCCGUCGCGAAUUUGAAGAAGGCCGGCAACACCGAGGGUCGGAUGUACGUGGUUCCGUACGCGGGUCAUCAUGUGUAUCUGGAUAACGCGAAGGCCGUCAACGAGCUGCUCGUCAAGGAGCUCGACCGUCCGGUCGUCCGCGCACCUUAAUCGUCUCCCUCUUACAUGAAUACAUCACGAUUCGACACGAUAUGGUUUACAUACGCAUGUUCCACUCAUCUUGACUUAUAUAGCCGUUUCGCAAGCGUCCUCCUUAGAUAGUAGACUUUUUCACCCAUGGGGUUAUGUUUAUAAUAGGAAGGGGCGGUGUAAUGUAGUAUAUCACAAGGACAAUGGCUUAUUUCAUCGGG